CGUGGAGAGGGAGGGUACAGAGCGCACGCAGACGUGAGAAGGACGGAAGGUGGCGAGAGGGAGAGCGAAACAAACGAGUCAGUGAGUGCGAAACACGAACAGCAGUGCGCGGAGCACAGCUUUAUCUGUGUUGUCUCUCGUUGUUGUCCGCAUUAUGCGCCGUUGAGUGAAUUGUCAAGUGAAAUCAGAAAUGGCUGCCAACGAGCAACAACGUAAGGAAUCACGUGAAAGCCGGGAACCAGCCCAUCAUGCAAGACGUCCUAUGAAUGCAUUUCUGAUUUUUUGUAAAAGGCAUCGUGGUUCGGUGCGAUCUGGCUUUCCACAUUUAGAAAAUAGAGCAGUCACUAGGGUCUUGGGUGAGUGGUGGGCGACCCUUCAUCCUGAUCAGAAACGUUCCUACACAAAUCUUGCACAGGAGUACAAGGAUGCAUUUUUAAAUGCGAACCCUGACUUCAAAUGGUACAAAUUACCAGCACCUCCAUUACGUACUUUAAAUACUAGGCCUACCAACAAGAAGCAAGAGUCCAAUAGUGGCAUGCAAUUUAUAGAUAGUGUCAAAUCUGAAUAUGAGUCUUCCGAUUGUACAAAAUCAGACAGACGGGAUGGACAAUCAAUCCAACCAGGCAAAUUAGCGGAUGAAUCACAGAUUGGUGGACUCAGUUCUCUUUUUACUCCUCAGAAAAUAGAGCCAUCUGAAGAACAGACAACAAUUAAUGAUAUGAUAGAAAAUGAUACUGUUCCAAAACCACCAAAAAAGAGGUAUACAGAAUCACCUUUCCAAAAUGAUCAGAAGAGAGACUGCAAGGUAGAUCUUUUUGGUGAAAAAAAGAGAAAAAGAGCAGAAUCAAAUAACAACGAACAACAUGAAAUGGUCAUAGAAGAUGAGAAACAUGCAAUAAAUUCCUUUGUAACAACACAGACACAAUCAGAGGAGAAUAAUUUUCGUAGCGAAAGAACAUGUAAAGGUUUACGUUAUCAGAAAUUCCUUGCUGAGCAGAUGAAAAAUAUCGGCCCAUCUGGCCAACAAAGCAAACGGAAACGAACAGGUGGAAGCAAUGGACCUGACGAACGUCCAAAUGAAAGAAGAAAUUCUAUUUCUUCAAAUGUCAGUGAAAAGACAGAUUCCUUAAGCAGUGAGGGAGGAAACAGCUCUCGAGGGGAGCUAGAACAUCUUGUAGAAAGUGCCGAAGGAAAAAUGGAGGCUUCCAAACCUGAAGAUACAGAAACUGAAGGAGCCGAAGAUCAAGUGGAUUACGGACCUUGGACGGCACGUAAAAGAUUUCGUGCCGAGUAUAAACAUAUAUAUAAGAAAAUUGAGGCACUACCGUCUUUGAGUUUAGAGGAGUUUCAAGAAAAGAAAAAACAGCAACGUACGAAAAAAAAGAAAAUUCUGCAAAAGUUUAAUUCUUCAGCAAACAAAAGACAUCAAAAUAAUCCGUCUUCUAAUGAUCAAAUAAACGGUCAAACACAAAGAGUGAGUACGAUAAAUGAGAAUAGCGAAGAUUUAGAGAAAGCCCAUCUUGUUGGAAGUCAAAAACGAAAAGCUCGAAAGCAAACUAUUACGCGGAAUGCUGCGGCAAUAAACUCCACCAAACACUCUGAUGAUCAAGAAUCAAAUAAAUCUUGGUGCGCAUCUCCAGAUCUUGAAGCUUUAGCAUGUCUUGCAACAGUUGCCGCCAACAGAACGAAACUUACCAAAAAUAACGUUUAAUUGUGUUACCCAUUAAUGAUAUGUAAGAUUGCACUAUAAAAACCAAAACUUUAUUAAAUUUUUUCCAUGUAAUUUCCUAUUACUGGGAAACACAUACUUUUCCAAGUGCUGUUAUAAACGAUACUAUUACAGUAUCGAUAACAAUGAUUAUUGUUAGUAUCUUUAUUGUUAAUCUUUACUAUUACAGAUAUUAUAUAUAUAUGUAUACAUUACAACUAUUAUUGACUAUAGAUUAUUCCAUUAUUCGGUAUAUGAGGAAGAUGUUCUUUUUACUGAAAAUAAUAGUUGUACUUUGAAAAGAUAGAAAAAUGAAAGAUAUUUUUUUUCUAUAAUUUAUUCCGCCAAGAAUUACGAUUUUUUAAUUCCGUUCCGUUUUCUAUUUGUGGUUUGGAAAAAGCAAAUUUUAUUUGUGAUUUAUUGUUGUAUAUAUAUAUAAAAUAGUUGAGUUAUUUAAUAUAUGAUAAUUAAUUAUUUUUUAAUGCAAAGUAAAUAUUUUAUCAUGACUUUUAUCAUAAAUUCUAAAUAAUAUCUUUAUUUAUGCUUUUUUUCUACAUUAGACUUUUUAAAAUCUAAUUCUACAUAAAUUCUAUGAAUCAUGAUAAUAUCAACAAUAAACCUGAUUAGAUAACAUAAAGCUAUCUAUGAUUAUGUGAAGAUGAAUUGAAUUAAAUAAGUAAAACAUAAUAUAAACGUACAAAGAUCUAUAUCAUUCUUUUUUUUUUUAUAAAAUUAAUAAUUUUUUUGUUUUAAUUUCAUACAAUUAUAAUUUAUCGCUUUCUUUAAUACAAAAUCAUAUAUGCAAAUUGGCAUGAUUAUAUAAGUUAGUAAUUCCGUUAUAUCCGCUUUUAUGCAAACUAUAACAUUUAGGAGAAUUUGUCAUCGUCAUUUCUGAUAAUAUGUGUACAGACACGAAAAUAUAUUUUAUCUUAUAUUUUAUUAUAUAUUCUACGGGCGUAUGAUGUGUACAUAGGUAUAGGUGCAGUAUUAUAUACAAUUACAAAGUGGAAUAUCCUUUGCGACACAAUUUGAAUAUCAAAAGGGUAUAAUCAAAAUAAUCGAUAUAUAUAUAUACAUAUAAGUGACCACUAUUUACAUGUUGUAAUACAUGCAUACAUGCGAAUAGACACAUACACGUGUAAAUUUAAAUUUGUAUAAAUUCUCGGGUAUAUACACGAAUAUAUGAUAAAUAAAUAUCUCUUUGUAUUAAAAUAUGUGUGAAUCCAUGUAUGCAUGUAAUAGAGUAAUAAGACUAUCCACAUAUGUGAAUGUGUAUUUAUAAUAUUUAUAUAUAUUAAUUAUAUAUCUUAUUAUACAUAUAUAAAUUUAGCAUUAAGACUACAAGAAUGCGACUUUGUGCUCUGUUUGAGAAAGUAAGAGACUUGUCUGUGAUUUUGGCUAAAGGAAUUUUUAUAUUUUUCUAUUGAUUUCUUUUUUCUGUUUUCUUUUGUUUUCUCUUUAUCUUUUUCUAUAUAUAUAUAUAUCUUUCUAUUUUUUUUCUCUUUUUAUCUUUCUAUGCAUGUGUAUAUAUAAAAAAUCUAAUUUUAUUAAAUUUCUGAACUCUCUUUAUUUCAGUUUUUACUUUAUUAAAGUAAUAGGAACAAGCAUGUAACGUUAAUAGGUUUUUCUGUAGUUUGCAAAGGAAUGUACUGAUUAUAUUUCAAAUGUGCCUUGAAGAGAUAUGAGGAAUAUAGUAAUUAAAUAACUGACCAACAAUAUAUUUUCGAUUCGUUUCGCUCUUCUGACCACAUUUUGGCUUUUACAAUUGUACCGCAAUUUGCGACUGUGCAAGACUUUACAAUCGGGCUGAGUUGCCAAUGUAUAAAGAUUGGACAUUUAAUGAAAUCAGGGGAGAGUGUUUCGAAUUUUACUGCACAAAACAUCUAUGUACCUAGCUUUAAAAGAA